AUGUUCUCUUCUUACCUCCCGUUCCAGUUCGAUUAUUCUGAAUGGAAGAUCAGCUUUGAUACUGUCGAGAAUUGGAACUCUCUUGACUUUGAUGAUUCUGCUUGGCAGUCAAAGAAGACAAGCCAGUUUGAGACGAAUGCUAAAGUCACUACCUAUGUGCGUCAUCAAGUCGAUAUUCCUGACAUCAGCAGCUAUUCUGUAUUGAAUGUUCAGGUCAAGUAUGCUGGAGGUAUUGUUGCCUAUUUCAAUGGCCGCAAGGUGGCUCGUUUCAAUUUGGAGGACAACUUCAACGAGGAAUCGCAGUCGCUUGCUGUCCAUGAUGCUGACACGCCUUCCAAGUUCCAUGUGAUUAUGACUACGGUUGGUGGAACGAAUGGAAAGAAUAUGAUGGCGUUCGAAAUCCAUCGUCCUCUCGGCCAAUCCUCUUCGAAUAAGAUCGUGUUCGAUGCUACGGGUGUGUUCGGAGUGAACGAGUGUUCGAUUCUUGUGGAUACAUAUUCCGAUAUUUCUGGAUCGUCCGUUUCUAAUACUGAAAUCGAAAACUUGUUCGAUCUGAAUCCCACAACUUAUGGAUAUCAGGCGAACACUCAGGGAACUCAUCUUGACUGGGAGGUAGAGAACCUGGAGGGAACCAGAUUCAACAGCUUCGCCAUGCAGACCGUGUAUUCUCGUACUGGUUUUGGAUUCUCUCUCUAUGUCCGUAUGUCCAGCGAGGAUGAGUAUAUUUCCUCAUUGGCUGUUACGGGUCAGUCCACGCAGGCUUUGAGACGAAUUGCCUGGGGCGUGCCUGUUGGAAUUGCUGGAUUCAAACAGCUCAAGUAUGAAGUGGACGUGCCUGCUUCCUCUGCGGUGUACUUCAGCUCGAUUAUUCUUCAGUACUGCAAGCCUAGUGGAACUGGAGUGUGUCCUGGAAUCGGCGAUUAUCCUUCUGUGGGAGAGGGAGAAAUCUCGCCUGCUAGUUGCGAAGAGGGAUAUCGUGGAUAUUCGUACCGCACUUGCUCUGGUGGUGUGUUGGGUGAGAUCAACAACCAGUAUUGCACUCAGAAGGUGCCUGAUAAGCUGUUGUAUGAUAAGUCUAUCUACAAUCUGGUUUAUGGAACUACUGUCGAGAUUCCUAAGCCUACGUAUGUGAAUAUCAUUGAACAGUUCUAUUUGGGUGAAGGUGUGCAACUUCCUCUUGGACUGCAGCUGAAUGCCCAGACUGGAGAGAUUACUGGAGUUCCUGAAGAAGAGGUUGCGUUGAGAACCUUCACGAUCUAUGGAAAGAACCAGGCUGGAGUGACAUUUACUGAGAUUUCCAUUAUGGUGAAGAAGGGAACUUGCAAGGCUGAAGGACACUUCGAUACCACGAAUGUUGGUGAGGUCUUUGUUUAUGAUUGCGCUCAGGGAGGAGCCUACGUGGGUACUGAGAAGAGAGCUUGUAACCUUGGUAAAUAUGACGGAGAAUGGGGUCCGGUUUCUGGAUAUUGUAUGCCGAUCGCAAUGAUCAUCAUUCUGGUGAUCAUUGCGAUUAUCAUUAUUGCUAUUGUUGCCUUCGUUCUGGUUCGUGUGACUGGAAGAGCGAAGGCUGUGGGUGGUGUGAAGGGAAGAAGUGCGAGAGCCACACCAUCAAAGAAGAAUCUGUCCAAGAAGGAGAGUACGAAGAAGGCUGUAAAGAUAUUUAUAUUUAUAAUAUCAGGAUUGUUUGGAAACACUCAGAAUGGAAAAGUCCAUUUUGUUGUCUACUAUGUCUGUAUAGGUUGUAUAUUUAUGAUAUCAUAG